GUUAAGUUCCGGGUCAAGGAAUCCGUGAAGAUAAAAUGGCGGACGAGUGGCGACAGUGUGCGAACUGGUUGGUUCGCUGUCACAUUUUGCCAGAUGACCACAAAACGACGGGACCAGAUGCUGCAGCAUUCGACUUAGCACAGGCUUUACGUGAUGGUGUUUUGAUUUGUCAUUUACUGAAUAAUCUUAGUCCAAAUGUGGUUGACCUGAAGGACUUCAGCCCAAGACCUCAACUUUCCCAGUUUUUAUGCCUGAAGAAUAUUCGUACAUUCCUUGCAACAUGUAAGAACUCAUUUGGAUUGAGGGACCAGGAUUUAUUUGAUCCACCAGAUUUGUUUGAUGUAAAAGAUUUCAGAAAGGUUCUGCACACAUUAUCAAAGUUAUCAAAGACAGAUAUUGCACAAAGGCAUUCAAAAAUACUUGGUUUUCCAACAGAUGCUCCCAGUCACAGACAGUCAACUAGAAGAGUUCCAGAUGAAGAUGAUGACAUUUAUGGCCAUCUGCCAGAAAUGGCAAUUGAAAAUGAUUUGGAUGACAAUGAAGAAAUAUAUGAUAAAGUUUAUCAAGAGGACGACGAAGAAAUUUAUGAAGAUCUUUGUUCUAGAAAAAAGCACAGGGAAUCUAGAGUUUCAGAAUUGCCUCCUCCAACCACAAAAAGAGAUUUCUGCAUCAAGGAAUUAUAUGAUACAGAAAAGAAUUAUGUUGAUGCACUACGCAUGAUGUACCAGCAUUUUAUAAAGCCUUUAAAAGAUGUAAUACCACCUGAUGACAGAAAUAUUAUAUUCAACCAUAUAGAGAAAUUAUUACGAAUUCAUGAACUGUUUCAAAAAGAAAUACAAAAUGCUAUAUUACUUGGAAAACCACGAUUGGAGGAUGUUUUUUGUAAAUACAAAACAAAACUGUUAAUAUAUGGUGAUUAUUGUUCAAAUUUACCAAAAGCACAAGAAAGGAUUGAUGAUGUGUUAAAACGAUCAGACUCAAUACGUCAACAGGUAGAGGCUUGUGAAAAAAGAGCAAAUGAAGGAAAAUUCAGAUUACGUGAUCUCCUACAUGUACCAAUGCAGAGAGUCCUCAAAUAUCAUCUAUUAUUACGGGAACUAAUAAAAAGUACAGAGAAAGGUUCUGAAGAAAAGGAGAGACUUGAAAGAGCUUUAGAAGCAAUGAUGGAUCUCUCCUUAUAUGUAAAUGAGGUAAAACGUGACAACGAAACUUUACAAUUAAUACAGGAAAUUCAAAACAGUAUUGGUGAUCUUCAAAUGCCUCCUAAUACCACAUUAAAGGAUUAUGGGAGGUUACAGAAAGAUGGCGAACUGAAAGUAAAAAAUCAUGUAGAUAAUAAAACUAGAGUCAGAUACAUCUUCUUGUUUGACAAAGUUAUGUUAAUGUGUAAAUCACGGACAGUGGAUAAGUUUUUCUCGGGUGAAACAUAUAAUUUUAAAGAAGCCAUUAUAUUAGCAGCAUUUAGAGUAGAAGAUUUGCCAUCUCUUAAAGAAGGACAGAAAAAAGGAAAUUGGAACAGUGGCUUUAUCCUUGCAAAGAAAGAUGAAAUGAUAGCUUAUACUUUUUAUGCCAAAACAGAUGAUAUGAGAAUAAAGUGGAUAGAGGCAAUAAAAUUAUCUUUAGAUAAUACCCAGCCUCCUGCCCCUGCUGGUGCUAAUUAUAAAAUGAAUACAUUUGAUACUCCAACAGAAUGUUAUGCCUGUGGUAAAUUAUUGAGAGGUGUAUUCUUCCAAGGGUAUUUGUGUGAAGACAAUAAGCAGUGUGUACAUAAAGAAUGUAUAGGGAAGUCCCCAACACAGAACAAGGGAGUGCCGCCAGUCCCGCCAAGAGUAGUUGGACCUAAGUCAGAAGCAUCUGCUAAAAUCAGUCAUGUGAAAGCAAUAGUAGACUAUGUUGGGAGUCCAGCGCCACCAGCUGGCAAAAGACCAUUGCAUUUCAAAAAAGAUCAAACAAUCAAAAUUUUAAAUAAUUCCGAUCCUCAGUGGUGGAAGGGGUCUAUGUGUGGUGAUGAUGGUUGGUUUCCUCAACAUUUAGUCAAAGAAGAACAUAAGAUUAUACGCAAAGAAUCCUAUGUCGAUGUGAAAAUUCGGUAUCCAUCAACACCGAAUGGUGUGACACCUGCACCUCGCCCACACUCGCCUCUUGUUGGUUAUGUGAAUGUCCCUAAUGAUAAUGAAAUGUCCAGUCAUUUAAAUGUGUAUAAAUGGUUUGUUGGUCCCAUGGACAGGGAUACAGCAGUAAGAAGAUUAACUUCCUUGCCAAAUGGUACCUUUUUAAUUCGUGUUAGUGAAAAUCCAGGACGGCGAGGAGAACUCUCACUUAGUUUAAAAUAUGAAAACCAGGUGCGGCAUAUCCGUGUAGAAAAAAGUGCUGAAAACUAUUACUAUUUAGGUGAUACCAAAUAUUUCCAAACAGUUCCUGAAUUAGUAGAAUUUUAUCAACAGAACAGUUUAAAAGAAUGUUUCCCUGGUGUCAAAACAACAUUAUUGUAUCCUAUCAAAAGUCAGGCUGGGUUUGGUGCAACAUCCAGAAUUCUUGGCUAUGCAGUUGCUGUGUAUGAUUAUGCUGCAAAUGCUACAUCACAAUUAUCUUUAUGUCGAGGAGAUCGUGUUGCAAUACUCAGUAAAACAGGAAGUGAUAAAGGCUGGUGGAAGGGAGAGCACUGUACUACUGGCAAGGUUGGUUACUUCCCCUUAGCAUAUGUAAGGGAAGAUGAUGAAGAAUAAUAAGUGCUAAAAGGUCAUUCCAAACAAAAAAGUCAAUCAGGUGUGACAUAGAGACAGUGCUGUUCCUCCAUAAAAUGGGAAGACAACUGUGUCAUGCAUGACUGAAUAUCUGUGAUUGUACUGCAAAGCUGAAUGCUUGAGUACCAGUUUUUAUUACAAGCAAAUAACAUUAACAUAAGGACAGAAAUAACUGCUGGUAUAAUUAUGCUUGGGUUGUUUUGUUUAAAUUUAUUUGAAGAAAGAACGCUCACCUUUGUCAAAUCCAAUCUAAUCAAGCUGACAACAAGAAAUGUCUUGACCACAUUAUUUUUAAUAGAAAAUGUUAGUGAAUUUAGGUGAAAUAACCCUUAAGUGGUAAACAGUGCUAUCGAGAUGGAAGAUAAAGAAUAUAUGUGAUUAUUAUUAAUUUUGAUAUACAAGCACAUAAAAGUAUUAUAAUAAAGGCCACAUUUUUUUCUUUGUAUAUUCCUGCAUCUUCUGUCUUGAUUCUUUAAAAAAAGAAUAAGCAUGUGUAUGAAAAAUAUGUCCGACUCUGUUUAAUUUGUUCUUAAAAAUAUAGAACCAGAAAUUAACACAUUUCAACCUCUUAUGUUAGUUAUAAAAUAUGCCAAUGGUAAUAUGUUUUUAAUGACAAAGUCACACCAUAGUGUACUUUUCUUAACUGACUAUUUUAUCAUAUUAAUUUGAAAGUCAAAUUAAGAUAAUUUUUAUAGGAUCUCAAAAUCAUACUUAAAGGGGCAUCGUAGCUCCCCCUUUUAGUUUCAUUACCAAAAAUAUCAUUGUCAGAAAAUGUUAAAAUGAUUACAAUGAAAUUUGCCCAUAUACCUGCCUCAUAUAAUUAUUUAAGUGGCAAUGUCUGUUUACAGCAAUACAGAAAUUAUUACAAUAAAUGGAACUAUUUAAUAUCUUUUAUGUAUAGAAUAUAUAUUGUAAGAAUAUUGCUCCUAACUUUGGAAUGAAGUUUCUUGAUUUGUUUGUCAAGUUUUGGAUUGCAUAUUAUUUGAUCAAGUAUCUCAUUUAGCAUUUAUCUUAUGCUUUGAAAUGGGCUUUCCAACUAUCACUAGGGGGCAGCAUUUGAGUAACCUCUACUCUUUGUCUUUGUUUUACUGUUCACCUUUUCUUCAGUAAAAAGGAAACUGCAAACCAGUAGACUUCCUGUUUAAUCUUUAUAUUUAAUACUUGCUACCUUUGGCAUAAGUUGGAAUGCUAACAUGCUACUCGCCGUAUUCUAUAGUAUAACCUAUAAACAUCAGAUUAAACCUGACAAAAACUUGUGAAAUGUGUAUUAUAUUUAUAUAAUGUUAAUAUAUGUACACUCUCAUUAAUUUAAGAUUAAGAAUCAGUAUUAUAAAAGAAAAAUGUUCAGUUAAUUUCAUGUUUAUUUAUGAUUAAUCAUUAAUUUAUAUAUAUACAUAUACAAAUAUUACAAUAUUGAUUUAAUGGAAAAUAUGUAAAAUUUUAUCGUUUUUUUUUUGCCUGAAUGGAUGAAGAUGGACUCACAAUAAUUUUUUUAAAUAAUUUUAUGAUGUACAUUGGUUAUUGUUAACCUUACCAGUUUUAUGUUGUCAAACAAAUUAUUCAUAUUGUAAGUGAUAUGCAAUUUUUUUUUAUUACUUUAUCUACUACUUUUUUUUUUAAACGGUCUUGAAAUGUUCUUAGUAGCUCUCUUAGACAGGCUUUCAUAAAUAAUGUUUGUAAGGUUAAAUUGAUUGUCAUAAUGAUAAAAUUUGUUACUUUGUCCUUAUUGUCCACCGUGCAAUGCAGUGCAGGGGACAUAAAAAUACCAGACGGCAACGGUCUUUCCGUCCAGUCUUGUAAGCCCAUUCGACCAAAAAAUUCUUGCCACAUUUUUAUGAAAUCAUUAUCAAAGAUUUAUAUCUUCAAUGUCUCGAAUGAGUUUAAAAAUCAGUGCCAAUCAACUAUUUUUAAAGGAGUUAUGACCCUUGGAAAUAUAGAUUAUAUGAAAAAUUGAUUGUAAGCCCCUCAAGACCACAUUUCUUGUAGGAUUGUUAUGAAGGUUAUAUUUAAGGCUUAUAUCAGAAAUGUCUUGAACAAAGUUAAAAAUCAGCGUGUAUCAGUUAUUUUUAGUGGAGUUAUAUUCCUUGGAAAAGGACAUUAUAUAGGAAAUUACAUUGUAAGCUCUCAUGCCUACAUUUCUAGUCAGAUUUUCAUAAAAUUUAUAUCAAAGGUUUAUUUAAAUAAUAUCUUGAUGAUUUCAAAAAUCAGUGUAGAUCAAGUUUUUUUACAGGAAUUAUGUCCCAUUGAAAUGUUAUUUAUAUCAAACAUUGUAUUGUAAGCACUAUCACACUUACAUCUCUUGAAUUGAAAUUUACAUCAAUGGUUUAUUUCAGCAAGGUCUUGGAAGAGUUCAAUAAUCAGCAGCAAUUUUUACAGGAAUUAUGCCCCUUGGAAAUUGUCUGCAUUUCAUGUAGAAUAUUUAUGGAAAAGUUAAAAAAAGAUUUGAGUUAUUGCCCUUGGACACAAAAUAUGUGCAUCGCCAGACGGUGGGAGACAUUGGAAAACUGUUUUUUUAAUUUUUGCAUUGUUUUUCCACUUUUUCUUCCCUUUUUGGUUUUCAGAUUUUAUUUUACUUAAAUGUAAUGUUACACCAAUUUAAAUCUAUAUAGAGUUAUUCACAAAUAUACUGAUAACUAUCUUAAACAAUUGAUAUAUAGUCUUGAAUUAAGGUAUUAUAUAAGACCAUAUAUUUUUAUGUAUCUAUGUGUUUUGUAUACACGAAGGUAAUAGAUAAAACUUGCAGUUAUUGGUCUUUGUUGAAGUGCAUGAAUCAGUUAUAAAUACAUUCUGUGAGGGUUGAUGUUCUGUGUCAAGUUACAAUGCUGUGGAUUCAUAUUAUUCGUUGGGUACCAGUUUUUGUGGACUUCAAGGGUACAGAUUUAAGCACUUAUUUAAAUGUUCAACCAGUACAAAUUUUCUAUGGGCUUCUAUACAGACUUUUGUAAAACCACAAGAUCAAAUAACCAUGAAAAUACAAUUUUUCCUUUAGUUUAUCAACGUAAAUUUGUACUCACGAAAAUAAAUAAAUCUUCAUUAACUGAAGUUGUAGUGAAAAAUCAUGAUGAUUAUAUUUAGUAUAUUAUUGCAUAAGUGAUUACCUACUUGGUUCAGCUUAACUUUGAAUGCUAAUUUUCCUUACAGAACAAUAGAAACCCAGAACAGAAAACCAAUUUUAUAGCCUUAUUGUUUUUACAAAUUGUUAAGGUUACCUUUUCGACUUUUACAGAUUCCUGCAGAGCCAGUAAUUUCCAGAGAGUCCCUUAAAAAUAGAACACCAUAUAUUUUUCAAGAGAAAUCAUAAGUAGUGAUGUGCGUUAGCUUUGCUCAUUUAGAAAAACCGAGCACAAUGGCUCUGCAUGUUUAAGAAAAUAUAAAUUUCUGUUUAAAGUAAAAAGUGUUGUCGCUUCUGUUUGUAACUACGAUAUUGUCUUUCCAUAUAGCUAGUAUAUAAAACGCACCUUUUUCAGAAAAUAAUUUUUCAAUUAAUUUUGCUUACCUGGUAGCUGAAAUUAAAUUAUUUUACUUAUAGAAUUUUGUAUUCUAAAAAUAUGUGAAACAAGCCAUAUGAGCUUCAAUCAUCUCAAAUUUUCUGCCAGUUGAUAUGGAGUACAAAUUACAUUUGAAGAUUACAAACAAAAUUUAAUGUAUAUAUUCCAUUUUGCCAAAUUAAUGCUGUGAUUUUUAGGGUGAAUUUUACAAGUCAUAAAUUAGUUUUGUUACAAAAAAAAAACAGAAUCAAAACUGAAGUUGUCAAUAAAUAUAUAUAUAAAGAUACUUGCAUUGUUGCAACAUCUCCAUAAUUUAUUGCAACCAGAUGUAGAAUCUCGGAAAUGUCAAUUAAGAAAAUUAAGGUCAUGAAAUUUGUUCAUCAAAAUCUGUCAACAGAAAUGUUGCAUUAGAACUACUAUUCGACUACAAACCAAAAAAAUAUUGAUUAAUUAAUGCAGUCAUUUUACAUUUUCAAACAGAAAAAGUAUUGAAAGAAGAGAAAUAUUAAUUUUGAUUAUUGUUAUUGUCAUCCUGGCAUAUAAUCAUAAUUAUAACUAUUAUGUUUUUUGACAUUUAUAAUAUAAGAAUUAAUGUUUGAUCUACUUUAGGUAAAACUGACCUUAGAUGGAUAGGAGCAUUAUGAAAAUAAUGAAAUGUGGUAUGUUUGCAAAUGAGACAACUAUCCACCAGAGAUCAAAGGACAAUGAUGAAAAACAAAUAAUCAUGACCAUACAACCUUCCAACAAUGCCAUCACAUGACAAAAUGUGAAACAAUUUCAAAUAUUUUGCCCCAUAACACCCAUUUUUCUUUUCAUAUAUAAGACUUCAAUAGCUCAUAAAAGUUCUUUUACCACAAUUUAAGCAGAUUCUAUAUUUUUUUUUCUUUCGAUUUGAGACCCAAAUAAUACCAAUGCAAAUAUAAGGUAAAAGUCUGAGUCAGCCUUUUCCCACCAUUUUUAAAAAAUCAAAUACUUCGAAAAGGAGCUCCAUAACCUAUCAAUAUUUUUAGCUUAUUUUGUUCCUUAACUAAUGCUCUUCUGACUUAUAGUAUCAAUUUUAAAUUCUAGAUUUUCUUAAUUUCACCUUAGUACAUCCUUAACAUAAGGACUUUGUGUCUAUUAAAUUUGGGUCUGUGAUUUUUAACUUGUUAGAUUUACAGAAUACUUUUUAAAGCUUUUGCCUUACUUGAUAUUCUUACAUGAAGGUGUCAUGUUUUAUUUAUUAUGUUUGUUGAUUCAGAUUAUCUGAAAUAAUUAAAACUAUAAAAAGUCAAAAGCAAUAGCAAUUACCUAGGUACUAAUAGUUCGACUAGGCGUACAAUAAACUCUCUUAUAAGUCAAUCUGUUCCCAAAUAAACAUUUUCUUUAAAAAAAAAUGUUUACUACACAAACGAUCACAUCUUGUGUUGGUAUUAUUGAAUUCUCCAGAAACGGCGGUGUUGAUUAUGAUGAUUACCUUACUCCAUGUUAAUUGUUUCUGUUGAAGAAUAAAGCAUGAUGGUAAACUAUUUAUUUGAUAACUUUUUUAUGACUUGUUUCAGUAGCCUUUUAACAAAUUGAAUAUUUGUGUUGUAAGCAAAUGAUAGCUUUUGUAAGCACAUUUAAGUAAUAACUUAUAACAUAUUAUUAAAAAAAAUUAUGAUUUUUUAAUGUGAAUAUAUUGAAAGUUGUACAGUAUUGAAUUAAUUUGUAUAUAAUGUACUAUUUGUGCAUAAUAAAAAAGAAACCACUAA